AUGUGGACUUCAGGUAGAAUGAGCAAUGCAAAGAACUUGCUUGGACUUGGCGUCUCCUUGUAUUUUUGGGGACUGAUGGAUCUUACUACAACUGUGCUGUCAGGAAGUGCCAGGCCCCUCACUGAAGGGCAAGAAGACAACCUGUCAGAGAAGCUACAUCAGCGUAUGAAGCGGAGCUGGGUGUGGAACCAGUUCUUCGUUCUGGAGGAGUACACGGGAACUGACCCUCUCUACGUCGGGAAGCUCCACUCUGACAUGGACAGGGGUGAUGGUUCAAUCAAAUACAUCCUCUCGGGAGAGGGAGCUGGCGUUGUGUUUACAAUUGAUGAUACCACAGGGGACAUUCAUGCCAUUCAGCGACUGGACCGGGAAGAAAGGUCGCAGUACACCCUGAGGGCACAGGCUCUGGACAGGCGAACAGGCCGGCCGAUGGAACCGGAGUCAGAGUUCAUCAUCAAAAUCCAAGACAUCAAUGACAAUGAACCCAAGUUCCUGGAUGGACCUUACGUAGCCUCUGUUCCAGAAAUGUCACCUGUGGGCACCUCUGUUAUCCAGGUGACAGCGACAGAUGCUGAUGACCCAACCUAUGGGAACAGUGCAAGAGUAGUGUACAGUAUUCUCCAAGGACAACCAUAUUUCUCUGUGGACUCUCGGACAGGCUUAAUUAGGACAGCUCUGAUGAACAUGGACAGAGAAGCAAAAGAAUAUUACGAAGUGAUUAUCCAGGCCAAGGAUAUGGGUGGACAGCUGGGAGGAUUAGCUGGAACAACCACAGUCAACAUCACCCUCUCUGAUGUCAAUGACAAUCCACCCAGAUUUCCACAGAAGCAUUAUCAGAUGAGUGUACUGGAGUCUGCUCCCAUCAGCUCCACUGUGGGCCGCGUGGUUGCUAAAGACCUGGACGAAGGCAUUAACGCGGAGAUGAAAUACAGCCUUGUGGAUGGAGAUGGACUGGAUGUCUUUGAUAUUAACACUGAUCCUAAUUACCAAGUUGGCAUCAUAACUGUGAGAAAGCCUUUAAGUUUUGAGAGCAAGAAAAGCUACACCUUGAAAGUAGAGGGUGCCAACCCCCACCUGGAAAUGCAGUUCCUGAACCUGGGUCCCUUCCGAGACACGACCACCGUCCACAUCAGCGUGGAGGAUGUGGAUGAACCUCCUGUGUUCGAGUCCAGCUUCUACUUCGUGGAAGUCCCUGAGGAUGUGGAGAUUGGAACCACCAUACAGAUCGUUUCUGCCAAGGACCCGGAUGUGACCAACAACUCCAUCAGAUACUCGAUUGACAGAAGCAGUGAUCCAGGGCGGUUCUUUUAUGUUGACAUUACAUCAGGAGCACUGAUGACUGCAAGACCUCUUGACCGGGAGGACGUUUCUUGGCACAACAUCACUGUGCUGGCCGUGGAGCUGAACAACCCCUUGCAAGUGGGCAGCGUCUCUGUGACGGUGAAAGUCCUGGACGUGAAUGACAACGCGCCAGAGUUUGCAAGGUUUUAUGAAGCUUUUGUUUGUGAAAACGCCAAAGCGGGGCAGCUGAUCCAGACAGUGAGCGCCAUCGACAGGGAUGACCCACAGGAGGGUCAGCACUUCUACUACAGCCUGGCUCCAGAGGCAGCCAACAACCCCAACUUUACUCUAAGGGACAAUCAAGACAAUACAGCAUGGAUUUUGACAAGGCGCUCUGGCUUCAGACAACAUGAGCAGAACACUUUUUACCUCCCCAUCCUGAUCAGCGACAAUGGCCGCCCCGUGCUGAGCAGCACGGGCACACUGACGGUGCACGUGUGCAGCUGCGAUGAUGAUGGCAUGGUGAUGUCCUGCAAUGCGGAGGCCUACGUCCUCCCUGUCAGCCUGAGCAGAGGGGCACUCAUUGCGAUCCUCGCCUGCAUCUUUGUCCUACUAGUGCUGGUGCUCCUCAUCCUCUCCAUGCGGCGCCGGCGGAAGCAGCCAUACAUCAUUGAUGAGGAGGAGAACAUCCAUGAGAACAUCGUCAGGUACGACGACGAGGGUGGCGGGGAGGAGGACACAGAGGCCUUUGACAUCGCUGCCAUGUGGAACCCGCGGGAGGCCCAGCUGGUGGUGAAAAACCGGCAGGACAUGCUCCCUGAAAUAGAGAGCCUCUCCCGAUACGUACCUCAGGCGUGUGUCAUGGACAACAACGUCCACAACUACGUGCUUGCCAAGCUGUAUGAAGCUGACAUGGACCUGUGGGCGCCUCCCUUUGACUCCCUCCAGACAUACAUGUUUGAAGGGAAUGGCUCAGUGGCAGAAUCGCUCAGCUCCCUACAGUCAGUGACAACAGACUCAGACCAGAGCUAUGACUACCUGACAGACUGGGGGCCACGCUUCAAAAAGCUGGCUGAGAUGUAUGGUGCCACGGACAGCAGCGGGGCUCUGUGGUAA